AUGGAUACUUCAACUCUCAAUCCCACCCGUCGCGACUUUCCCCUUUCGCAGUGGGGUGUAGCAGUACCGUGCAACAGCGAGAGCUUUAAGACAAGAAGCCACAAGCACAAGCCAAUAGCCAAGGACUGGACCUAUCGGUUGAGCCCUGAGUCAGCCGGUCGAACAGGUUCGUCUCUAAAGGGGGCCUUCAAGCACCUUAAGAACCCAGGCAUCAUUUCCCUUGGUGGUGGACUUCCGCUUAGCCAAUACUUCCCAUUCGAAAGUCUCACUUUUGCAGUACCCUCCUUGUCAAGUAUCGGAGGCUCUCAAAUAAACGAAAAUCAUGGAAAUAGCAAUAUUCUCGCAGAAAAAAACGAUCUUUUAGAGGGCAGGAGUGUCUACGACAUCUCCGUAGCCUUGAACUACAGCCAAGGCAGCGGCUCUGCACAACUUCUCCGUUGGAUUGUAGAGCACACGGAAAUGGUUCAUGAUCCACCCUACGCGGAUUGGCAGUGCACCAUGACUAUCGGUAGUACAUCAGCACUGGACAUGGCUCUACGGAUGCUUUCACAGCCUGGCGACUGCGUCCUCUCGGACCACUACACCUUCGCUUCAGCCGUAGAGACUGCACUUCCUAUGGGCGUCAAGUUUAUCGGCAUAGAGAUGGACAGCGAGGGAAUCUUGCCGCAAAUUCUCCAAGCAACGCUCGAGAAUUGGAUACCAGACCUUGAGCGCCGUAGGGAAAUCUACCGGGUGGCUCAAGCGCAUGAUAUGAUUAUCCUAGAAGACGACCCUUACUAUUUUCUUCAGAUGGCUCCAUAUGAUCCCUCAGGCAUUUCCCGCCCAGAGACAAUUCACUCCCCGGCUGAUCUACUUGAGGUACUCAUACCCUCAUACCUUAGCAUUGAUGUCGACGGGCGAGUUAUCCGUAUGGAUUCAUUCAGCAAGGUCGUCAGUCCUGGAUCUCGCAUCGGCUGGAUAACAGCACCCCAAGAGAUUACUGAGCGCUAUAAGAGUCACGCGGAUGUUUCAACGCAAGGACCUAGUGGCUUCAGUCAGCUAGCUCUCUUCAAGCUCUUGGAUGAACACUGGCAUCACUCCGGUUACCUCGAAUGGCUGAUACAUAUUCGAAGAGAAUACACCAACCGACGAGACUUUAUGGUUCGCGCCUGUGAGCGCCACUUGCCCAAGGACAUCGUGUCCUGGGAGCCUGCCCACGCAGGCAUGUAUCAAUGGCUACGUGUGGACUGGCAAAAAUACCCCGGUGCGGGUCUCAAAUCCCUCGUAGAUAUUGAGGAGGACAUAUGGCAUAACGCUAUUGCAGAAGGCACCCUUGUGGCUCGCGGUAGUUGGUUCAAUACGAUGAAAGAAAAGCCGAUCCAAGAUAUCUUCUUUAGAACUACCUUUGCCGCCGCGCCUUUAGAUAAGGUCGAAGAGGCUAUUAGACGAUUCGGAGAUGCUGUGCGAAAGACUUUCCAAAAUAAGUAA